AUGGAAGGUUACAUUGAUUGCCAUUGCCACAUAGCCGCUGAAGAAUUUGACGAGGAUAUUGAUGAUGUUAUCAAGCGAGCUAAAGAGAAUAAAGUAGCAGGAAUAGUUGCUGUUGCUGAAUUUUUCCCAGAAUUUGAGAAAAUCAUAGAGUUAUCUGAAAAAUAUGAAGGCUUUAUAUUUCCAUCUCUUGGAUUACACCCAGUGCAAGGAGAUAAAGUAGAUGAUGGACGAUGUGGAGCAAGGUUGUCCCAGUUAGAUGAAGCCAUGCCAGUGAUAGAAAAAUAUGCACAUCGACUCAUUGGAAUUGGUGAGAUUGGUUUGGAUUUCACUCCCUGGUAUGUUAAAUUGGCAGAAGAUAAAGCUGAACAGAGAGAAGUUUUCAAACGGCAAAUAGAGCUGGCUAAAAGACUUGAUUUACCAGUUAAUGUUCACUCCAGGUCAGCAGGAAGACCAGUUAUCAACUUUCUUAAAGAAAAUGGUGCCGAGAAAGUCCUUCUUCAUGCAUUUGAUGGUAAAGUGUCGGUUGCUAUGCUUGGUGUCGAGUCGGGUUAUUAUUUCUCAGUCCCGCCCUCAAUAGUUCGCAGUGAACAGAAACAACGUCUAGUAAAAGCCAUUCCUCUGGAUAAUUUACUUUUAGAAACAGAUUCCCCGGCUUUGGGUCCUGAGAAACAGGAAAGAAAUGAACCAAUGAAUAUUAGAAUAUCUUGUGAAAUGGUUGCCAAGAUAAAAGAUGUUACCAUGGAAACAGUGAUGAAAAAGACGACAGAAAAUGCUCUGAAAUUAUUUCCCAAAAUUAAAUUGUUUUUGAAAAGGUGAUAUAAAUAAAGCACAAACUGUCUCAAA